GCAGCUUGCUCAGGCCACGGGAGCCAAGUGGACGGCAAAUGCGUCUGCAGCACGCCUCUGCCGGCGAAUGGCUCCCCCGGCUGGGUUGGCGACCAGUGUGCCAUACAGGUGCACACCAUGACACUAGACGGCAAAGACGUACAGGAGACCUGUGGGCAAGACCACGUCUGCAACGUGGUGACCCCGAAUGAGCCGGCUUGUUUUUCCGCCGGCAUUGAAAACAUGGGGAGCUCCGCAUUCCACCUGAACCUGCUGCUCAUCAGCAAGAGCGUGGACGCUACCGUGGUCUUACACGGCCUGCUCACUAACUUUACCACUAUCCAGGACCCAGCCACCGGCGCUACCAAGGUGGUACCGCAGGUCUACCCCAGCUCGGGAGCACCGUACAGCUUUGCUGCUCACACGUCCUAUUCGUCACCCAGCAUCCAGGUUAAGCUCACCAGGCGGCAACUGGGGUACGGCUCGUACACAGGGAUGUACGUGUGCGCGACCAGCAACGCCACCACCAUCAUCUCCUUCAGGGCAGCGGAGCACUCAUGUCCCUUCGAACUCGCCGCCAACGGCACGCUGCAGCUGUGUUCCGGCCGGGGAUCCUCCGGCGUUUGCCCACACGGCACCUGCGCCUGUAAAGCGCCGUACAUGCCCCCGGUCAACUGGGUCGUCACACCAGGACUGGGCUUUGAGGACUGCAGGACGGCGCUGCUCCCGCUGCAGUCGUCGGCCUCGCUGACGGUUUCGGAGCUGGGUCCCGGCGACUGGGCAUUCUUCAGUGUGGAGCUGUCAGCAUCGGCUGGCCGUGAGCUGCACGUGUGGGCCGCCGCGGCAGAGGCCACCAAGGGCUCCUUGGUGCUGUAUCUACGCCACCAGCAGCUGCCGACAGACGCUGCGGGGCAGCACGACCUGGCCAGUGAUGCGGCCUCUGCUCCCCGCUCUGCAUCCUGGUGGCAGGACCAGUCCGCACACCUGCUGCUGCGUCGCAAACACCCCUUCUUCCAGCCAGGCACCUGGUAUGUAGGCGUGCACAAUACGGGCUUAGGCCCCGUGUCGUUCACCAUGGGGUCGGCCGUGUACGACUGCCCAAACAACUGCAGUGGGCGCGGUACGUGUGACGCCAACACCGGCACGUGCACGUGCAGUCAGUCUACGUGGCCAGCCUCCAAGGACUGCUCCAUCGCCCUGCACGAGCUGGCGAUGGGGCAGGCGGUUGACGCGCCACCGCGCGCCUUCACCUACGACGCGCUAGUGCUUCGCGGUGCGCGAGAGAAGCUGCAAGCCUCCGACUUGGGGCGCAUAAACCUAUCGGUUUCCUUCACCACAACGGACACCGAUCCUCAGGGGUUGCCUUCUUGGGUGGCCGGCAGGCCGGUGUUGUUCGUGUCGCCGUCGCUGGAGGCGGCACUUAACCAGAGCGGUGGAGGAGAUGCUGACGGCGGCGGCCGGCCGCUGCACCCGCAGGGCGCGGUUGAGAGCGUGGCGCUGGCGGCGCGGGGGGCGACGUACUCCAUUGAAAUUGGGCCCAGGGCGGUGGGCGACGACGGGUCGCUGCACGUGCUGGUGUGGAACCCCCUGAGCAGCCCGCUUCGCCAAGUGGGCUACAGCGUGAUGCCGUCGCUGAUGGGCGAGUGCCCAGCAGACUGCUCGGGCCACGGGACAUGUAACACCACGACCGGAGAGUGCACGUGCGAGGCCCCUUUCCUGGGCCAUGACUGCUCCGUGGACCCCUCAACCUUAGUCUGCACCCCUGGCACCCGCCGCGCCGUGCGGCGCGAGGGCCUGCGCGGCACGUGCUGGGCGCCUUGCCGAGAUAACGGCAAGAGCUUUGACGACGAGUCGUGCGAGGAGCUGCAAUGCGACGGCCCCCGAGAGGGGCACGGCCAAUUGCGGCGCAAGGGCGAUGAGGUGGAGUGCGUGGAGGACCAGUGCAUGGCGGGCAACUACACCGCAACCGACCCGUCCGGCGACUUCCUCUGCACUCAACGCUGCGCCUGCCCGGCGGAUGGAGCCGCCUGCACCCUGGAAGCCGCCUGCCUGCCAGGCACUAAGCAGUGCCUAAAGGGACUCCGCCUGGCAGCCGACGGGGAGAAAUGCAUCGCUGCGCCCUGCGAGGAGGGCAGCCUGCGGCGGGCCUACGACAUGGACGGCGGCUCGGCAUUCUCGGUGUGCUUGUGCGCCACGGCGGGUGACCCAGCCUCGUGCGCCUUCACAGCCCCCACUCAGGCGGCGGGCAACACCAACGGUGUGGUGUCCUGCUUGUCCGGCUAUGAGCGCCAGGGCGGCACCUCUUCAACACGCCUCUCCGACGGGAGCACCCUGGUUCUGGGCGGCAACUGCCGUCGACCCCCCCGGCGGGGGGUGUCUGGUGGCAUGGUGUUCUUUUACUGCCUGCUUAGCAUCUUUCUGGCGGCAGGGCUCGUGGUGGGCGGCAAGUACGGCGUGUUGUGGUACGAACAAUACCGGUACGGUAGGUCGGUGUUCAGUCAAGGCUAUGUGUCUUGGCCACUGUUCGGCAUGCGGGGCAACGCCGGAUCGGCCACAGACGACUGGUAG